AUGAGUCUUGCAUACGUGCUCACACACAUCAUCGCUGCCAGAACUGCUUACAUCAAAAAUAAUGGAUCUCCAAAGGCGUAUGGGAAAUACGUUGCAGGCUUGGCGUUCUUACUGGCUCGACUGGGCCUUCCGGUUUGGGUUGCGGCAGUUACCCUUGCGAUAAUUGUUGCGGUAAACAUUGGAUUGGACGUGUCGAAAGGAAUCCAGGAGAACCUACCAUGGCUGAAUGUCAUAAUCAGCGUGGCUUCUCUACUGUCAUUGAUUGCAAUGCUUGCAGUCAUUGAGAUGGCUGAAAGACCAUUCGCAACGAUAGGCCUCUCACAGCCUUGGUUCGUUCGUGGAGAUCAUCCAUUCACUGCCCCAGACGAGGAAGACAUUGACUAUGGGCUUGUUGAAGUUGUAUCUAUGGUGAAAGAUGUCAAGUUGCCGCCAACUGCCAAACAGAUCAAAGCAAGGAAGAUGCUCUCAACUAUCCAGGAAAAGAAGGAGAAAAAGCCUGAAAAGCGGAAACGAAAGUCGUUGACGAAGAAGAAUCCUUACGAAGCGCAGCUACAGCGCCAACGACAGCAGCAGGAACAAGAACAACACCGAACCCUGUAA